AGUUCGUGAGACAGAUCUUCAAGCCGUUACUCAUAAGUAGACAUCAAACCUUCUCUGUUAUUAUUAAUAUUGUUCCAUUCAUUGUGACCACGAGCAAUCCGUUCUCAUCAUUCCUCUCUUAAUCUUCUUCUUUGCACUUCUCUCUCCAGUUGUCCAAGAUGCCGAUGCGCGUUGCCUUCAGCUGCGACCACGCCGCUGUCCACGUGCACAACGAGGUGAUGGAGAUGAUCAAGUCGUCUGGCACGGCGACGUCCGUCGUGUACAUGGGACCAGACUCUGAGCAGUCCGUCGACUACCCCGACUUCGCAGCGCCGGUGUGUGAGGCGAUCCAAAAGGGCGAAGUGGAUAUGGGCUUUCUGCUCUGCGGCACCGGCAUUGGCAUGUCCAUCGCGGCGAACAAGUACAAGGGCAUCCGUGCGGCACUGUGCCACGACCACGUGACGGCGUUCCUCUGCCGCAACCACAACGACGCAAACGUCGUGUGCAUUGGCGAGCGGGUUUGUGGCUUGGAGGUGAUUCGCGACAUCAUUCUCACUGCCUUGACCACCGAGUUCUCCCACGGAGAGCGCCAUAUGAGUCGUCUUUCCAAGGUCAAGACGAUUGAGGAACACCAGCGGUGCUAG